AGAAAUAGUAACCAGGAUUGGAGAGGAUGGGUUGUUUCGGUGGAGAAAAUUCAAAACUUACCCGAUUUCGGAGUACAUAAUAUUCUUAAUCUGUGAAAACAAGGUGUACAACAAUCCUCUUUACAUAGACCCAUCUCCUUGCAUAAAUAGCUCUACUUUUGGGUUCGGGUCUGGGUCUGGGUUCGUGUACGUGGUGUACGCUUCUGGGUUCAAGUAUUCUGAUUUGGGUAACUCUUGCCGAAUACUCCGGUCGGCCCUCGUAUCGGUGAGGACAGAUGAGGAGAAGAAGAGGCUUAAUACAUCCUACAAAGACAUCCACCAUAAACUCACCUAUGGCUUUCACCUUUCAUUCCUUAUUACAGCAGUAGAUUCAGAUCCAGUUUCCUGCUACAUCGAUAAAAAGUCCAACAAUAAGGUUGCAUGUGAUGAUUAUGAUUGCAGCCAAAGAAGAGGGACACUACAGUUAAUCCUGUGUAGGCUCAUGUAUUACCGUAUCCGGGAUUUUCUGUACCUAAUAUUUCAUGAAGUCUAUUAUGACGGAUCAUAUAAACUACUUCAAAUUCUCAUAAUUGCUCCUGAGAUGAUACUUGCAACCAGAACAAUAAUUGGAAUUUCAUUUGUUAUUGGUCUUGUCAUCUAUAAAUGGCGUAAGAGACAUUUAUCAAUAUACCAUUCAAUUGAGGAAUUUUUACAAAGCCAAAACAAUCUCGUUCCAAUAAAAUAUGCAUAUUCAGAUAUUAAAAAGAUGUCAAAAGGAUUUAAAACAAAAUUAGGGGAAGGAGGGUUCGGAACUGUAUAUAAAGGAAAACUUCGUAGUGGUCACUUUGUAGCAAUUAAGAUGUUAGGUAAAUCCAACACUAAUUGGCAAGACUUUAUUAACGAAGUCAUUACAAUUGGAAGGAUUCAUCAUGUUCAUGUGGUACGGUUAGUGGGUUUUUGUCUGGAAGGUUCAAAACGUGCCCUUAUAUAUGAAUAUAUGUCUAAGGGAUCUUUGAAUAACUAUAUCUUCUCUGGAGACCAAAAAAUAAAUGAUUCCUUAAGCGAUUUGGAAAUAUUUAAUAUCUCGCUUGGGAUUGCUCGUGGUAUUGCGUAUCUUCACGAAGGAUGUGAUAUGCAAAUUUUACAUUUCGAUAUUAAACCUCACAACAUUCUUCUGGAUGAAAAUUUGAUUCCCAAGGUCUCCGACUUCGGUCUGGCCAGAUUAUGCCCAUUGGAGAAAAACACAGUGUCCUUAACAGCAGUGAGAGGAACCACUGGAUACAUUGCCCCUGAAUUAUUUUACAAAAAUAUUGGAAGAGUCUCGUACAAAGCAGAUGUCUAUAGUUUCGGAAUGUUGUUGAUGGAAAUGGCUAACAGGAGGAGAAAUUUGAACGCAGAAGCUGAGCAUUCAAGCCAAAUUUAUUUUCCUUUAUGGGUGUAUGAUCAAGUCAACAAAGAGAAGGAAAUUGUGCAAGAAGACAUUACAAAUGAGGAACAAGAGGAUAAACUAAUAAAAAAAAUGAUUAUAAUUGCAUUAUGGUGUAUACAAUUGAACCCUAGCGAUCGCCCUUCAAUGCAAAAUGUCAUAAAAAUGCUAGAAGGUGAUGUUGAAUGUCUAGAAAUGCCUCCAAAGCCUUGUUUGUAUCCACAAGAGUCAUACAAUAAUGAAGAAGCUACUACGGAGGAGGCAUCAUCAUCUUUUUCUGAAAAUUCUCUUUAACAUCCAAUAAUGGAAAUUCAAUUGGGCUCGCAUGGUGGUGACUCAAGAGAAGGAUAUUCUAUCUUUGUUGUUGUUAAUUCAAAUAACAUAUUAAGGCAGUGCCAUGUGGAUUAUUGCAAUAUUCAUUAGAAACAAAUCAAUUACAAAAAUUUGUAUGAGUGAUUCUUCCGUAUUGGCACUUUAUUGUUUCUGUGUUUAUUAGUUUGUUUAAAAGCCUGAAUUAAAGAUAUGUGAAAAAUUUAUUUAUUUAGGACCAUAAUUAUAUAUAUAUAAAGUAUGGUAAAUAUUA